AUGAACCUCACCACCUGGAUGAACAACUACACUGGACCAUCAGAUUUCACCCUGCUGGGAUUCUUCAGUCAAUCCAAACACCCUACCCUGCUUGUUGGGGUCAUAUUUGUGGUUUUUCUGAUGGCCUUGUCUGGGAACGCCCUCCUGAUCCUGCUGAUACUCUAUGAUACCCACCUCCACACACCCAUGUACUUUUUUAUCAGCCAGCUGUCCCUCAUGGACAUGAUGUACAUUUCUGUCACUGUGCCCAAGAUGCUCAUGGACCAGGUGCUAGGGAACCACAGUAUCUCAGGUGCAGCCUGUGGGCUGCAGAUGUUUCUCUAUGUGACACUAGCAGGUUCUGAAUUUUUCCUUCUUGCUUCCAUGUCCUAUGACCGCUAUGUGGCCAUCUGCCAUCCACUCCGGUAUCCUGUCCUCAUGAACCACAGAGUGUGUCUCCUCCUGUUGUCUGUCUGUUGGUUCCUGGGAUCCCUAGAUGGCUUCAUGUUCACCCCUGUCACUAUGACAUUCCCAUUCUGUGGAUCUCGGGAGAUCCAUCACUUCUUCUGUGAGGUCCCUGCUGUGACAAAGCUCUCCUGCUCAGACACCUGGCUCUAUGAGACCUUCAUGUAUGUGUGCUGUGUGCUCAUGCUUCUCAUCCCUGUGACAGUCAUUUCAGGAUCCUACUCAUCCAUCCUCCUCACUGUUCUCAGGAUGAACUCAGCAGAGGGCAGGAAGAAGGCCCUUGCCACCUGCUCCUCCCACAUGACUGUGGUCAUCCUCUUCUAUGGAGCUGCUAUCUACACCUACAUGCUCCCUGCCUCCCUCCACACCUCUGAGAAGGACAUGGUGGUGUCUGUGUUUUACACCAUACUCACACCUCUGUUGAACCCACUAAUCUAUAGCCUUAGGAAUAAGAAUGUCACAGAGGCUAUGAAGAAAUUCUUAGGUGUGAAACCCCUCCUUCGAGAAACUUUGAAGUAA